AUGUCGCCAUUAAUCACCUUCAAGAACAUCGAUUUCAACACAAACCAUAUGAACUUCUGGCACUCUGUCUUGAAUUUUCAAUUCAAAAGUUCUUUGUUCCCGCUUUUCGCCGUCUCAUUGAAUUUCGCGUCCGCGAUAUUCCAGGACCAGAGCUUCUCAACGAGCACUGCCGCAUUGUCGCCUGCGAGGAGCCGCCCAUUAUCGAGCACUUCACAAUACUGCACUGACAACACCACAUGUUCCAUUGACUGGCGGCAACUGUGGUGGAACUCGAUGGCCCGUUUUCUCGUUGAUGGACGCAAUCCUCAAGAUUUCCGUGACGCUGUCGAGCGCUUCCAGGAGCUUGGGUUCGAAAUCGGAAGGGUGAAUCCAGAGUGCUGGAAGACCCUGCUUCAAACAGUGAAGAAAGGAGCGGCAUUCCAUCUAGCCUUUGAUCUCAUUGAGGAGACGGCUCAGCAGUUGUCGGCAGCUCUGAUCACGGAGCCUGGCCCAAUGUUGACACGUGCAGAGUUGGAUACCUUGGGGCAUCAAUGA